AUGAGGACAAUUGCUGCGGACGUAACCUAUUUGGUUCCACCGAAAGAGGCCCUACUUUUUAACCUGAGAAGCAGGUGUUGGAAGUACUGAAGGGCUGGUAUGGGCACUCCCUGAAAUGGGGGUGACAUCUGUCUUUGGGUCCUUCUGGUAUCCUGAUGCUCAUAAGCCCAUGAAGGGCUGCCUGUUUCUGACCCAGUCUCGCAUUUUGGGUGUCACAGUCAUAAAACUGUACUAGGAGGAUGAGCUGUACCGCAUCUGCCAGCGAGGUGGCUUUGCACCCUUGCAUCCAACUGUCCAGGACAGCUCUAUAGGCUUCAGUGGCCCUCCCUCUCAAUUUGCUUGAAAGGAUCAAGAUUCAGUUUGCUGGGUCUACCCCAUGUAGGGCCGACUCAGAACUUCAGAUGAGGAAUUGCUGUCCUGGUCACUGUCCAUGAGUUCAGAGAUCAAAGUGGCUUUGAAUUUGUGGCUGGUCACCUAUAGUUGAGCUCAUAGGAGACCCUUCAAAAUACUUCUCUUCAGCAGCUAAAGGUGCUGCUCUAUUGGCGAUGCUCUGACUGCACUCUGUCAAGGAGGGAGUCGAUCCCUUCACUGCCACCAAAUGUAAUGGAGUUUGGGUAUUCAGUACAAGUACCUCUGCUAGCUUCUCUCCUUACAACAGCAGAUUACAGUUCAGUGAAUAUAGCCACCUAAACACUUGAAAACAAGUACACUUUAUUGAACAAAAUCACGUAUAUUUAUACCAAACCAAUGUAUAUUGAACCAACAGGGGGUGAUUAGGUGUACAAAAGGUAAUUCCUCCCGUGUGCCAUCCAGUCUUGGACCUAUGUGAUCAGUUUUGAGGUAAUGAGAUUUCCCAUCCAGCGAGACCUCGGAUUCCUUUUGUCUGGAUGUCUGGGGCUCCUGCUCCCCCUUAGUUCACCGUAAUGCUCACCCAACCAUCUACUCCCAGCCAAAAUAGUGCCGUGCUAGUCCACAUGGUUUCUGAUCUGACGCAGUGACAAAGUUCUGAUCUGAAGAACAGUAACAGGCAGCCGACUUCAAUUCAACGCUUUAUUAGAGAAAUUCUGCUACUGGGUGACUGGCAGUGUGGGCACUCUGCUUGGCCAUGUCUGCUUGGGCCAGGGGGAUACAUUAAGUCUUUUACAGUCAUAUUUACAGUCAUUUGUAACAACAUGAACUUUAAAUACUUUAGGCAAGCUAGCUAUAGUCCAUAUCACUUUAACCCAUCUCUUCCCAGGCCUCAGCUGUUUUUCCUUCUCUUUACCUAUUUUUUCUAUUCCUAUCAUUUAUUGUGUGUGAUAGGGGUAGGGAAUUUGAUAUUUUUUCUUAACAGAUUUUGAUCAUUUGAGACAUUUAUCCAUAAUAAUUUAAUUGAGUCCAAGUGGGUUGAAUGUGAGAUUAAAGUUGACUUGUCAUCCAGAAAACGUAUGGAUAUCUUCAGCUAGUUAUACAUAUAAUUUAGAUUGUCUGAAGAUUCUUUCUGUCAAUCCUUCCCAACACUUCCUAAUAUAGUUUGUGGUAUCAUCACUGGUCUGUAUGCCUGGGAAGCAAAUGAAAAACGAUAUAUUGAUACAUUAUAUCUCGAUUUGCCCAACACAACAUGUAUACAAAAUGAUGAAACGAUUAAAACAAAAUUAUUAUUUUUUUAUAUAUAUUCUAUUUCUUUAUUUUCAAAAUAAAUACUGUUACAAUCAUUCAAUUACAGAAAAGCAUAAAUAAAUACAUAUACAUUAACAUGUCUUUGUAAGUGAAAAACGUACGUGAAAAACUUUAUAUUUGUACGUUCAGCAUUUCUUUAAAAGUUAUUAUGUUAAUAUGGAUAAGACUUACAUACACUAGACUAUCAGUCAUUCAUCACACGUCUAAGCAUCCCAUCUAAACUAAACCAUUAUUGUUCUCUCUAUAAUGUUUCCAAGGGGCCCAGAGCUUCAAAUAUUUGACAUAUUGAGAAUGCUCUCAAGAAAAUGCUGCUUCCAUUCUAUAUUGGUAGUCUAUUUGUUGCAAUAUUUCCAUCUUCGUGCUAUACAAAUUUUAACUGCUUAGUAUAGAUGCACUAUUAAGCAGUUCUGGAUAUGAUUUCCCGAGAGAUAAAUGUUGAAAAGAAACAUCUGAGGAGAUAGUUCAAAUCUGCUGUCUAAUAAGGAUAUUAAGAGAUUUUGUAAAGCCUUGAUGGUAUUUUUUAGGUCAUCAGGUCAUUCAGGUCAUCCCCACCAAAGAAGAAAGGAGCCAUCGUUAGCUACAUAUCUCCAACACGUUUGUGACAAAUUAGGGUACAUUUUGUGUAGUCUAACAGGAGUUACCAACGCAGUGUUCGUUUAUAUUGGGUUUCUAUUAAAUUCAUACUGUGUGUGUUCUUCCUUACUAGCACCAAGCCUGUUAUCCAAUCCUCAUAGUACAAUUCAACAUUUAUCUCCUUUUCCCAUUUCAUCCAGGGUUGAAUUUUUUCCUGUGGCUGCAACUAAGUAAAGAGAUUAGCAACUCUUUAAAACACGAUUUUAAAGUUGUUGUUGUUACGAACGUUGUUGGAAAAACACAAAAUACAUUUUGAGAGUUCCCUGAGGGUCUAUGAGUCAAAUAAAUAACAUUAUUGGUUAAAAACCACUGUUUGUGUGUUUUGUAGAUGAGAUUUAUAUAUUUACAGAAUAUGCUUUUUUUAUCUACUAACACUCAGUUUAAAAAUUCCCUUCUUGUAGUGAUACCUUGCUCUACUUUGAUCGAGAGGUGAAGAGGAGACGAGCAGAGGAGGCGAACCUAUGGAAUGAACCCCAGGAUGUGUCUCACACUGAGCGUGACGAUGACCGGGAAUUAUAUAACCUUCUACAGAAGCGAGCGCGAACACGCCGAGGGUCAGAGGUCAGUCAGUGAGCAAAUGUUAGCUCUCUACAACCAAUCUAUACAUGAUGCUCAAUUCCCUAGAACCCAAUGCUGUUCAAAUUAGCACAGCAGCAAAGUUAUGCCAAAAAUGACAUUCAUUGUGAUGCAACUUUGCGGCAAUGCCGAAAUGUAAAGAAUUUAGACCGGAGUGCAAGUGGGCCAUAGAAACCGCAAUGUUAUUUUCUAAUCAAAAAAUGGCAUUGCAAUUUCAUGUACUAAAAAAACUGCCAUAAAUUCUGCAACAAUUUUAUUUAUUUUUUUAUUAUUUUUGUUUUGUUAUAAUUCACUUUCUUACACAAGUUAUUUUCCAAGCGUCAUGCAAAGCCUGCGUUUACGUUUGGAAAAUAGAUCUACUGGCUGAACUCAGGAACAGAAGAUAUUAAAUAUGACUUCCAUCUUUAAACGGAAUCUUCCAAGCGUAACUGAUUUUAGCAGCACCAUCCAUGGCUUUCUAUGCCGCUUAGCGUAUCAUCAUGACAGUGUUUUGUGCAGGUUAAGCUUGAUUUACUACUUUUUAUGCCCCAUUUGCCACCCGUAUGCUCAAAAUUUAACAUUUUUGUUUUAUGAAAGGGAUAUCGACGGCUGAGCUUUGAUAUCAGUGCUCACAGACAGGUUCGAAAAGAUGUGAAGGACCGAUGGCGGGUGCUGCUUGAAGAUAUGGGUGAGUAAAAUGGUGCAUUUGAUUCUGCUCUUAAAGUGACACUCUGAGACGUGAUUCUACUCUGGUUGUCAAGGUUCGGGAAACAUUCUCACCCUGUUAUCAAGCAUUUUUCAUAGACAAUUCAAUCUACACCCCUGGGAGUUUCUUUUACCAAGGCCAAAUGAAGGGAUGAUUUACCAAGAACAAAAACCUUUAAUGUCAGCAUUUUUGUAUACAGUAUGUAUCUGUCUCUAUAUAUGUCAGUGUUUAUGCAUUAAUUGCACAACUGAUUGUGAUAUAUAUCAAUGCCAAACUUACUGUGGCAUAUUUUUAAUUGGCAAACUGACUGUGGCGUGUUCUGUGGGGAAAAGUAGCACUGUUCUGUGUAUGCACUUUAUUACUCCUAUUUUUUAUAUAUAUUUUUGCUUGUUGAAGGCUAUGGAAUUCUGGGAAGAGCUCUGGGUGAGAAAAGGUUGAGGAGCAUAGACAUAAUUUCUAAAUUAUCAUUAGUAAGGAACCCAAUAUUUCUCAGAACAGCCGCUCCCCUAAACACACCCCACUCACACCCCUAAAAUUAAAGUGUCCGUCUUUGUCCAUUUGAAAUGUUGAGAAGUAUGGCAGAUUGCUUGCUAGUAAAGUCUUUUAGUUGGAAUAUCUUUUUAGACAAGAUGCAGGUGAUUUGUAAUUGCCUCCCAUUACCUGUCUCGUUAAUUUUAAUUAUUGCUUCAUUUAUAUCUUUUGUUUCUACCGUAUUCCCAUCUGCCACUCACACCUCAUAUUUUCCACACUCACUCAAUAUUCUGUUUACUUGACAUUCUCCCGUCUUCUCAUACUGGCCAUUUGAUAAGUUCAAAUUAAUGCCAUUAAUUUGCUUCUUCCCUCCGCUCACCUUGUAUUUGUUUCUCGCACGAUUCUCUUUAUCCUCAUUUCAUCUAUUUUAAACAUCUCACUCUCCUACCUCAGGAUUCCACAAGGAGGCAGACUUGCUCCUCACUGUCACCUCUAACACCUCUUAUAAAAGUCUUCGAAACCCUACAGAAGCUCGACGUCUACUCAGCAUGCUGGCAGAAGAGAGCAGUAUCUUCGAACAUCAGCAUAUUCCAGCAGAAAGAUACCUCUUUGUACUGGUAGGUCCCCCCCCAUCUCAUGCAUCAUAUCAGAUAUGUGCAUCACCAUCUAUGUAAAGAGUUACCUCAACCAACAACCACAUCAACCGCAAACAACCAUUUAUUGGCUCAAUCAAUAGCUAAAUGUCCAGCUGACCUAUUAUCAUAUACACAUUCAGUGAAUCUAUUCAAUAAAAUGAAAAUUAUGGUGAUGAAGAAAUUUCAAAUAAUAGCCCAAAACUAAAAAUAUUUUUUAAAUCUAAUUCAACUAGUUUUCCAGCUUGGCUAUUUUGUCCUUUUAGGACAACUGUCACUUCAAAACUAUUUUAAUAUAAUAAUCCCUUCAUCAAGUUUUGAAAUAUUAAAUGAUGGUGCAAUUCCCAGUUUAUAAAAACAUACAAAAAAAAAAUGGGGCAUUGUAGUUUGCCUCACAGUGUGUGCGGGUGGCUGAUUGAGCGUUGUGUGUGGGGUUGUUGGCUGAGUGCUGGUUGUUGGAGGAGGUUAAGUGUUGUGUGUGGGGAGGUUGGCUGGGUGUUGUGUGUGAGGAAGCUCAGUGUUGUGUGGGGGGUUGGCUGAGUGUGGUGUGUUUGGGGUGGUCGUGCUGUCAUUGGACACCUGUCUCCAGCAUGCAGAUGUCCUAUAUGCAUAGAACUGAAAUUAGCCAUGGGCUGGCUUAUGAUGCCCCAAUGACUCUGCCAGGUGUGUUGUUACACCUCCAGCAGCUAACAGGUUAAACCUUUCACUGUAUUUGCAGCGUUUCAUACCGAAACACCACACGCACAAUGAUCACUUCAAAUCACUAAGGUGGCCAUGGUGUUUGGAAUAAACCCUUUAGUGUUCUGUUGGGGAUUAGCUGAAUGUUGGGUAUGGGGAAUGUGCCUGCAUGUAAAAAUACACUAUACACUAAUGCGCCAGAAACAAAUGUAUGACCACUUUAAAAUUGAUAAAAUGUGAGUUUUUAUUUUUAAGAGUUAAAAGAGUUGAAAGAAUUUAUUUUUUUGUCAAUCUAUGUUUUAUUGAGGCAUUUGCAUGACAAUAAAGUGAGACAACAUGGGAAUGGCUAGAUAAUUGUGGAUAACAUACGAACAUAUUGAUAAGCCAAACCUCAUUUUAUACAAUCUACAACAAGUAUGUCAAACUCGCGGCACACGGGCCGCAUGCGGUCCACAAGGACCAUCUUUGCGGCCCGGCGAUCCGCGAGUACAUGCUCGGUGUUAUAGCAGAGUAGGCACCUGUUUUCCCCAUAUUACAGGUGCCUACUCUGCUAACAUUUGCCUGGCCAGGGAAGGAAGGGACACUGGAAGCAGCGAGGGAGCUCAGUGUUCCUGCUCCUCACAGCUCCCUCACGCGCGCCGUCUGAAGUGAAGCCGGGUUCCUGAAUAUGACGUCAUAUUCUGGCACCCGGCAUCACUAAACCGCGCGAUGGAGCAGUGAGGAGCAGGAAGGAUCCCAGGGAGAUGCCCCACAUCGGCUCCAUGCGGUAGGGAGCAAUAAAGAAAAGUUAGUGUGUGCAAGAAUGUGUAAGUGUGUGAGUGUGUGUCUGUCAGUGAGUGUGUGUGUCUGUCAGUGUUUGUGUCUGUCUGUCAGUGAGUGUGGGUGUGUGUGUCUGUCUGUCUGUCAGUGAGUAUGUGUGUGUGUCUGUCAGCAAGUGUGUGUCUGUCAGCAUAGGCGUGCGCAGCCUAUUGUAUAAGGGUGUGCACCCUAAAUCACAAACACACACGCCGCGUAUAUAUAUAUAUAUAUAUAUAUAUAUAUAUAUACACAUACAUAUACAUACACACACACACAUAUACUGCUGAGUGUGUGAGAGGGUACUGUGUUUAGGUGCUGUGUGUGUGUGAAGGCGCUGUGUGUGUGUGAAGGCGCUGUGUGUGUGCGGGGACUGUGUGUGUGUGCGGGCGCUGUGUGUGUGUAAGGGUGCUGUCUGUGAGGGUGCUGUGUGUGGGUAGGCGCUGUGUGUGUUUAGGCGCUGUGUGUGUUUAGGCGCUGUAUGAGUGUGUAGGCGCUGUAUGAGUGUGCAGGCGCUGUGUGUGUGUGCAGGCGCUGUGUGUGUGAGGGCGCUGUGUGUGUAAGGGUGAUGUAUGUGUGUGAGGGUGCUGUUAGUGUGUGUGGGUACUGUGUGUGUGAGGGUGCUGUUAGUUUGUGAGGGUGCUGUUAGUGUGUGCUGUGUGUGUAAGGGUGCUGUUAGUGUGUGUAGGUGCUGUGUGUGUGAGGGUGCUGUUAGUGUGUGUGUGCUGUUAGUGUGUGUGGGUGCUGUGUGUGUGAGGGUUCUGUUAGUGUGUGAGGGUGCUGUGUGUGUGUGGGGGUUGUGUGUGUAUGGGUGCUGUGUGUGUGACUGGGUGCUGUGUGUGUGCUGUGUGUGUGCAGGCUGUGUGUGGCUGUGUGUGUGGGGUGUGUGUGUGUGUGUGUGUGUGUGUGUGUGCUGUGUGUGUGAGGGUGCUGUUAGUGUGUGUGUGGGUGCUGUGUGUGUGAGGGUUAGUGUGUGUGUGUGGGUGCUGUGUGUGUGGGGUGUCUGUAGUGUGUGAGGUGUGCUGUUAGUGUGUGAGGGGGUGCUGUGUGUGGGUGCUGUUGGUGUGUGGGUGCUGUGUGUGUGUGUUAGUGUGUGCUGUUAGUGUGUGUGGGUGCUGUUAGUGUGUGACGGUGUGUGUGUUGUGGGUGCUGUGUGUGUGUGUGGGUGGUGUGUGUGUGAGGGUGCUGUUAGUGUGUGGGUGCUGUGUGUGUAAGGGUGAUGUAUGUGUCUGUGUGCUGUUUGUGUGUAAUGUGUGGGGGGGCCGUUUAGUUAAUAUCCCCCCUCCCUUCUUACCUUAUGUAGGGAGGGGGGACCGUGCUUCUGCCAUCCUUGGUGGUCCAGUGGUGAGUGAACUCUAGCCCCACAGGGAGCUAGAGUUCACUCUCGCGAGAUCUGAGCGUUGCCGCGAUAACCGCGGUAACGCUCCGACCUAGCAAGAGGAACCCGGCGGAGCUGCUGGCAAGAGUUCCCCGGGUCCUCUCCUGCCUCCCUCCCUCCCUGUGGGUCUUUGAUCUCCCUCACCGGCCCACGGAGGGAGGCAGAUAGCGCGUGCCGUGGGCAUUAGGGUGUGCCCGGCACACCCCGUGCGCACGCCUAUGUCUGUCAGUGAGUAUGUGUGUGUGUCUGUCAGUGAGUAUGUGUGUGUGUGUGUCUGUCAGUGUGUCUGUAUGUGUGUGUGUCUGUCUGUGAGUAUGUGUUUGUGUCUGUCUGUGAGUAUGUGUGUGUCAGUGUGUCUGUAUGUGUGUGUCUGUCAGUGAAUUUGUGUGUGUGUCAGCGGGAGGAUCAGAUUUGGCACAGGGUGGUAGAGGGAGGUGCUGUGGUUUAGUGGGGGGGGGGCUGGGAUUUAGUAGAGGGGUUGUUGUGAUUUAGUAGAAGGGGAUGCUGUUUUUUUUUUUAUACUGUACUUUUUUAAAUAAACCUACGUUUCUAUGAAACUUUAAGGUUUUGUUUUUUUUGGGGCCCACAUAAACUUAAACCUUGUUUAUGUGGCCCGCUCCAGUCUUUGAGUUUGACACGCUUGAUCUACAAUAUACUCAUAUCAUAUUUAUACAAUGAGUGGUGGUGGAAUGAUGCAAAUAGGACACAGUGGAUUAUAGCAAUAGAGUCAGACUGAAAGUCUGCUAUGCAGUGUUAAUUUUGUAGACUAACAAUUGUAGUCAGAUUUUAAGCGAAAAACUAGACUAAAACUAAAACAAUUCGGAUGACUAAAAUACGACUAAAACUAAAAUGGCUUUUUAGUCAAAAGACUAUAACUAAAACUAAAUUAAAAUUUGCUGCCAAAAUUAACACUGCUGCUACGAUAAGGCUUUGUACAGAGAUAUGUCAACUCAUGUAAAAACAAAAGAAAAAAAAAAGGUAAGAAAGAAACAAUGAGAAGUAGGAGGAAAAACAAUGCCCCUAAGUAAAACCUAUGAGGGUAAACAUAGUAUACACUGGUCUUAAUCAAAGAAUAGGCAGAAACCUGUAAUGAUGGAACAGGGUAACAGAUAUUGGGUAAUUAAAUAACAUGCUUUGUUUAAACUAUGAAAAUCCUUGUGUUCGAAUGUGAAUGUAACAUUAGUCAGUGAUUUCACUAGGUGCAGUGUUUAGACGUUAUGUAUGUCUUGAGGCACAAUUCACUUUGAGACUUAGAGUACACAGAUACCACAACAUAGUGGAACAUGUGAUUGUAUAGACAUAAACAUAUGCUUAGAUGAUCAUGGUAGCGAAAAGUCACCAAUUAGGGAAAGAGUCUAAUUAACCAUGUUAAAAAAAAAAACUGCAUACACACACUCACUAAAAGACACACACCUACUGGAAGAUACAAACUGACAGUCACACACACAUUCAAUGACAAACACACAGACAUCACUGACAGACACAGACUCUCACUGAUCUGACAGACACAGAUACACUCACUGACACACACACACACACACACAUUCAUUGACAGGCACACAAACACUCAAUUACAAACACACACUCUCACUGAUGUGACAGAAAUUCACUGACAGACACUCACACAGUCACUGGCAUUCACACACACUGAUUCUCUCUCACACAUUCACAAAUUACUAAUAUUAUUAUUUUAAUUUCUCCACCCAGCCUCUCUGCCGUUGGGAGUGCUGGAGUAGAUAUGUACCUGAGGUCCAGUGGGGCUGCUGUGAAGCGGGCGGCUGUGAGCCCAUCAGAGGCGGCGAGGGAGCUGUAAUCCUCCUGCUCUGCUUCCUCACUGGAUGUCUACCAAUGCAGGGAGCCAGAAUAUGAUGUCAUAUUCCGGUUCCCGGCAUCAGUAGAUUACAGCUCCCUCGCUGCCUCUGAUGCGCUGACAGCUGCGCGCCUUGAGGGUCCAUAAAAUGCUUCCUCCAAAACAGGAGGAAGCACUGGGGACGUCCAUGCGGGCACUUUGGGAUAGAGCCAAGGCCGGCCUUGGCCUUUAGGCGCCCUGCGUAGAAAAAUCACACACACAGGCUUACAGUCACACACAGGCAGAGUGUGAUGCACACACAGUUAUAGUGACACAGAGGCACACAGUCACACACACAGAGGCACACAGUCACACACACACAGUUACAGUCACAGUCACACAGAGGCAGGCAGUCACACACACAGUUACAGUCACACAUAGGCACACAGCUACACACACAGAGGCAGACAGUCACACACAGUUACAGUCACACAUUAUUAUUAUUAUUUUAUUAUUCAUAUAGAGCCAGCGAAUUCCGUAGAGCUGUACAAUGGGAUAGGCACACAACUACGCAGACAGUCACACAUUCACAGUUAGUCACACACACACAAACACAUUUACAGUCACACAUAGGCACACAGCCACACACACAUAGGCACACAGCCACACACACAGAGGCAGAUAGUAACACACACAGUUACAGUCAAAGAUAGGCACACAGCCACACACACACAAACACAGAGGCAGACAGUCUCACACACAUUUACAGCCACACACACACACUCACAGAGGCAGACAGUCACACACAGGCACACAGCCACACACACACAGUUACAGUCACACAGCCACACACAGACAGUCACACACACAGGUACAGUCACACACAGGCAGACAGUCAAACACAGAGGUUAGACAGUCACACAGACAGAGGCAGACACAGUCAUACAAACAAACACACACACACACACACACACACACUUACCUUUAUCCAUUAUGGGCUGAAAGGGAGGCUGUGCAGCUCCAGGAGUCUGGAUGUUGGGGAAGAAGGGACUCCUUCCUGCUCCCCCCUUCCUGUGCAGCAGUUACCCCGAACGAUGUCUUCUGGGCACAUUUAUCCCCACCCAUGCCAUCAUUUUGCCACGCAGCCACGUCCCCACCACUAUGUUUUUUUUGUUGUUUUUUUAAUAAUCCUGGGUGGAGGAUUCAUUAUUCUCCACCAGGGAUUAUUUAAAAAACAAACACAUUGCCCUUGAUACAGUGCCUGCAUUUGGAGCAGUACGGGGGGGGCACGGCCUGAUGUAAUGGGGGCCGUGCCCCCCUCCCCCAGUGACGCCACUGCAGAGGUGCUUUGUGUCAAGACGGACAUCGCUGAAUUCACCAAAGUAGUACAAGAACAGAUGCACACAGGCAACACUCCAGGAUCAAGAUGGUGAGUUUAUUUAGGAGUGAACCACCCCAUAAAGAGUGCAAAGUGCAUGAUUAAGGUUCUUCUGAGGCGAAACGUUGUACUUUGCACUUUUCACGGGGUGGUUCACUCCUAAAUCACUUUGCAAACAGUGAUUUUAUAAAUGGAACCGUGAAGUAAAAAAUCAUGUUAUUUUAGAUUGUUCUUUUUAUUCGAUAUUUCUGCAAGCCCUAAAACUGCACACUAAAUUAGAAGACUAAACACCAUAUAAAUCAUCCAAGCCAUAUUGCAGACUGCAGCUUAGGGAGGCAUUAAAGUGGCUAUGAGAGGGCUUAUUGUAGAUAUACCCCUUCCCCCUGUUGCUUCAGGCUGGUCACACAGUGUUCUGGCUUCUGUGUACUGCUAGAGGUGUUGACAGAACAGAUACUAAUUUCUGGUGUUAAAUGUCAUCCCUUAAGUGUUUCCUUUCACAGGAAAAUGCCCAUAACCACAGAUAUAUUGUGUGUGUGACAAUGACAGAUGGCCCCUGCUUGUUCAUGUGACAAUUAGAUUUGCCAGAUCCAAGAAUGCUUGACAGUAGCAACAAAUUGCUUGUUAGAAAACAAAACAGAUAUAUCAAAGCAGGACGCUCCCCAAAACUGAAGGUUAUUGGAAAUACAAGGAGGACAGUGUAUUGAGAGAGGAUGUAAUGAUAAUAAAGUAUGGAACAUACUGCAUGCAAAGACCUUAAAGGGGGAUAUAAAUAUACUGUGUAUUAGAUCGGAGUAUUUGUUUUCGGCUGAGUUGCAAUCUGUCCAAAUUUAGGAGAAAGAAAGGUCACUGAUGGUUAUGGGACGAUCCCAAAAAUUUUGAUUUUAUUCAUUGAUCAAGUGACCGCUAAAAGGGGAAAAAAAAUCUACAUUUAUAUAUUAUAUAUUUAAUAAAUAUAUAAUUAUAGAUUUUUACUGUUUAUCUAUUUUUUUCUUCUCUGUUAGUUACUUUUUCUCACUUCAUCUGUGAACCAUGUGGCAGAAAAAUAUGCCUACCAGUGUACCGAGAAACAUAAACUUAAUAUUUAUAUAUUUUGCAGUUAGUCCCAGAUUUACAUAGCAGGUUCCUGUAGGUACAGAAUUCGAAGUGGGCUAACCCCCCCCCCCAAAAAAAUAAAAGGCGUAUAAUAUGAGUUUAAGAUGUGGUAUAAUGGUGAUUUUUGAAUUUAGGAUUAGAAUGGAGUUAAAUUUAGAAUUUAGGUACAGGGGGUGUUUACGACUAUUGAGUUUAAGGUUUGAAGUCAGUUGAAAAACUUGACAAAGAUAGUUCUGCCUUUGGUCAAGUUUAUGCCAAGCGGAUAAAAAAAAUACGCAAAGUAAUCUCUUUACUAGAAAAAGAUCGAAAAAGAAGAAAAUAAAACCAGAUUAGGAGGAACAGAUUAAAGCAAGAUAAAAUAGAGUGACAGAGUCGAUUUAAUGAUUGUGUUUUAACCAACAUAUUAAAUUCAUGACCAUCAGCACCGUUUUUUAUAAUUCUUUAAUAAUGCACCUGACUAUGUAACUACAAAAUCUGUGACUUUGUGCAGGUGAUGAAACGUCACCAGGGGUGGGAGGUCUACUAGUGAAGACCAUUAAUGAGACUGGGGGUCAAGCCAACAGUCACAGAGACCCCAGCUUGGCUGGCCUUUAGAGGGUUAUGUCCUUCCAGGAAGGUAUUGAUCCCUUGGCCCACACCUCUGUCCCUCAGGCAGGUAUCGAUUCCUCUGCCUACACCUCUGUCUCCGAGGCAGGUAUGGACCCUUCUGCCUGUACGUCCGUCUCCCAGGCCUGUAUCGACCCCCUCUGUCUGCCUGCUUACAACUACUAACUUUACAAAGGCAUUUGGCGAUCUCAGGCCUAGCUCUUUCUUGAUACGUCCCUGGGACCAGAGAAUAGUGCAGCCAGCAAGCAGGUCCGAAAACUCUGCUACUGGAUUCGCAUAACAAAUCAGACAAGACACAAUUCCCACACACAUUGCUUUAUUUUAUUUUUGAUUUGAUUUUAUUUUUUUUUGAACAAGGAAUAGUCUUUGGUGACUUGUCUUUAGAUAUGUGGUGAAAACCAUUUAAAAUACAAAUAUACAGAAUCAUUGGAGAACAAGCGAUUAUAAAGUAUACAUGAAUUAAUUAUAAUUCAUAAUUCAUGCAAGUAACUUUUUCAAACACAAUAAAAAGCAAUAAUAUAUGUAUUCAACUAUUUAUUUGGUUGCACACAUUUGCAUACCAGCAUUAUUUAAAUGUAAACAUUUUUAUUCAGUCAGUAGAGGGCGCUGCAGAGUUAUCACAAUACCAAUGCAUUGGUACAUUGACUGCUACUGUCACAACACCCUGCACCUUUAAUGGGCUCUGGGUGACUUAAACAUAAGAGUCAUCGGGGACCUACAUAAAGAGUACGUCUUAUGCUCCCUAAGAUGGUGACUAUCGUCACAGUGCAAUUGUUCCUAGAAAUUAUGCUGUUAUGAACUUUAGCUUAAUAAAGCAGUUUUGGUGUAUAUAUCAUAUCCCUGCAGUCUCAUUGCUCAAUUCUCUGCCAUUUAGGAGUUAAAUCACUUGUUAAUGCAGCCCUAGUCACACCUCCCUGCACAGAUUUCCUAAACACUUCCUGUAAAGAGAGAUCUUAUGUUUAAACUUCCUUUAUUGUACAUUCUGUUUAAUUUAGCAUUUUGUAUCUCCUGCUCUGUUAAUAGCCGUCUUGACUCUGAAGGAGCCUCCUGUGUGUGAUUAACAUUCAAAAGCAAGUUAACAUCUGAUGAAAAUAAAACUAUUUUUUUUUCAUGCAGGUUGUAUAAGUCACAGCCAGGGGAGGUGUGGCUAGGGUUGCAUAAACAGAGUUUAUUUAACUCUAAGUUAAGUGAUUUAACUCUCAAAUGGGAGAUAAUUGAGCAGUGAAACUGCAUUGGGCAUAAUCUAGCAUCCCUUUAAUUGAAUAACAUAAAAUAAACUAUUAACAUUUCUAUUUAUGAAAGCAUCCUUGCUUUACAGCAUUAUAUUUGCACCUCUAAAACAGAAAACGUGCAAAAGCUUAGAGAAACCUCAGCUUGCCCAAGAGAUACAGCAAUUUGGACAAUCGCUCCACCCUUCCUUGGACUUCAUCAGGCAGGUGUAACUGAUACACCUCUAGGCACAGUCAUCACGGGGUCCACACCUGGAUUGCCCUUUUAACUUAGAGGGAGAGCGUAGCAGCAAACAGAGAAUAUUAGGCUGAAACGAUCUCCCUGGAUUGCUGUAUCUCUUGUGCAGAGGAAACUUGCUGGCAUUUUAGAUAGGGACUGUCCUUAUGUGCUUCACCAGUCUGAUAUGGAAAUGUUAUGGGUUCACUCUGUAAUGGCACAACUAAAACUAUCGUAAAACCUGAGCAAGGAAUAACUGAAGGGCAAGCUAAUGGAGAUUCUAUUUUUUGUUUUUGCGAGUUCUCGGAAUUCUCUAUUUUUGUUGCAAUGUAUUAAAUUUGGCUUCACCUAAUUAAAAGAGUAAUCCAGACGUGGACUCUGUGCUCUCUAUUUUUAGAGCGGUAUCAGCUGCACCCUACUGACGGGGCACAAAAAAGACCGCAUCAAUGGCCCAGAGUUGCUGUAUCUCUUGUGCAGCGAGAACUUGCCAGGAUUUCAAAACCAUUGUUUGAGAGAUGAGCAGGGACUAAGCAAAGGGCAAGCUACUGAGGUUUCUCUAAAAUGUUGUCUGUUCUCAGAAUUCUCAUCUUCUCUAUUUUUUCACACCUGCCUAAACCAGAACUGCAUAUCUGUACACAUGUAAUGUGUGUGGCUCUAUAUGUGUUGCCCGUGUUUGAAUAUAUUUGUAUGUAUGAAUGUAUGUGUACGCUAGUGCCUGUUUAUAUAUGAGUAUAAUAUUUGUAAACAGGUGGGUUUGCAUGUUUGCGAAUGAAUAGUUAUGUAUGUAUUGUGGGUGAAUAGAAAAAUGGGUGAAUAAUAUUUGGGAAUAAUACUGAAAGUUCAAUCUCCUGACACUAUCACAGCUGCUCCACUACCCUGUCUACCUGCAAGCUCAAUUGAAGUGAUUCAGCCACACUAUAGAAGCCACAAAAACCACACUAUCAAAUCAAGGAAACCUCUUUGUGUGAUCCCCAUUAGAAGACACACUGUUUCCAAAGGACAGAACAAAAACUCAGAACCCCAAAUCUGUCCUAUCAGAUCAAUCCUGUGCAAUGCCAGAUCAAUAAGGAACAAAACCGCUAUUAUUGCCGACCUUAUUGCAACUUAGCGUGCAUUACAGAAUCAUGGCUAGAUGAAAGUGCGGGGCCAAUUCUAGAGGCAGCUAUUCCAGGCAAUUACAUGGUGUUCCACCGCCCAAGACAAGAUCGCAAGGGAAGUGGAGUUAUGAUCUGUGCAAAAUCAUCCUUAAAUCCCAGACCAAUAUCAGUCCACAAACCCCAAUCUUUGCCAGCCUCUCAAAAGAUAGAGAAUUCCGGAUACUGUUAAUAUGCAGACCCCCAGGAGAUGGGAAGAGAUUUCUUCAGGAACUCUCAGACCUUUUGGCUGGCUUAAUCCUUGAACACCCCAAAUGGCUUAUAUUAGUAGACUUCAACACUUCGAUUGAUGACACCCUAUCCCUGCUUGGGCAGGAUCUUCUCAGCUUGAUCAGUGCACUCGGCUUCACACAAAUCAUCCACCCACAGAAAAGGUCAUACACUUGAUCCAGUCUGGACUAGAAGUGUCACCAGUAACCGGUUGUUUGGUCAGACCACCACUCCAUUCACUUCUCCAUUGUAUCACAAUCAGCCAGACCCCAGCCUCAGAACCUGGUCAAACACCACUUAUUAAAAAGGGUCACACCACUGGAUGUAACAACACAUAUGGAUCUAAGUGAACUAAUGGCUACCUGUGAAGACCCCAGCUCCUUAGUCCGACUCUACAACAAAACCAUGAGAGACACCCUAGAAAGCAUUGCACCAACACGCAUACGCACUGUCAAAACCCACAAUAGGGGGCGGAGCUAAGCGGUUGAAUGCGCAAGACGCAUACUACAUGGGCUCCGUACUUUGGCCCGUUUCAACCAAAAAAUACACUAACUCCUGAGCCCGGAAACCGUGGUAAAUACUCACCAGACCAAAAUGGGUCGCAAGACAAAAAAAACAAGGACGGACCAGCCUGGACUUGUUCCGACGGGCUCAGGGCGCUUAUGGGCCCAAGAUGGCCGCCGACCUCGAGAAUUUUUCUGAUUCCUCCGAGGAUUUUGCCCUAGACAGCAGGAGCCUGAGAAUGCCGACACCCAUGCAGCCGGCCUUGGUCUCUGAGAGGGGAGACUCUGGCCGGGGAUCCUGAAUCCGGAUGUGGCCCAACUCCGCUCCGACCUGACGGGCCUGGUAGGCCGUCUGGAGGGGGUCGAGACCACCGCAGAGAAACAAGCUGUUUCGAUGGCAGAGCUUCAGCUGGAAGUACAAGCACUGAAGAAACAGCAGGUACUCAUUGACCAGCGCUUUGCCAACCUGGAAUAGACGACGACAGAAAAAUUUAAAGAUCAGGGGCAUGCCGGAGGAAACUCCUGAGGCGGAACUCCCACACCUACUGAGACGGAUGAUGGGGGCCUUGCACAAAUCUAUGCAGCCCUUUUUCAGCACUACUUCGGGCCCACAGCCUGCAAUACCGCUGGCUCUCGCCUACAGAUCCAGCAAGGAGAGACCACCCACACGUAGCACGACCUGCAAGAAACACAGGCCCUCCUGUGUAUAUUGGGGCUACCAGAGGACACUGCGUUACAACCUGGACACCCCAGGAUUGCAGAAACAACCAGAUGGGAUCCAGCGAACAUCCAGUCGUUCACGCCACGGAGGGCCCUCUCGGACACUUAUACUACAGCCACCACCUGAGACUAGAGCCCUUUUGCCUCCAAACCUUCACUGACUGGUUCAAAGAUUACCUAUGUUUAAGUUUAUUUUAAUUAUGUCUAACUCACACUAUGUGUCUAGGUGCGAUUGCUUAUAUUUCCAACACGAUGCUUCCCAAUAAUUGAUAGAUACCCACCGCUCUACACCACAGACAGGAUCUCUCCCCCAACCCCCCCACCCCUCCACCUCGCUUUCAUUGACCUGGCCCCACAGCGCAACCCAGUGAUACAUGGGGGCGUUAACAUUGUUUAAUUUAAAAAUUUUCCUCAGCUUAAUCCUAUGACUCGUGUUUUACUCAAUAAGCUACCACUUAUAUUCUCUUGUACUAGUCAAAGCCCAUUGCAGCAGAACACAAAUACAAAGACUGCUGAAUACACACAGACAAACUGCUGAGUAAAUACACACAGACUGCUGAGUAAAUACACACAGACUGCUGAGUAAAUACACACAGACUGCUGAAUAUAUACACACAGACUGCUGAACGCACACACAGACUGCUGAACGCACGCACACAGACUACUGAAUACAUGCACACAGACUGCUGAACACACACACAGAGAGCAGAACACAAACACACAGACUGCUGAAUACACACUGACAGACAUCAUGGUGCAUUGUGUGUGCGUGAGGGGUGCAGCUGUGUGUGUGAGGAGUGCAGUGUGUAUAUGUGUGUGUGAGGGGUUCUCUGUGUAUGUGACGGUUUGAGUGUGUGUGAGGGGUGCGUGUGUGAGGGGUGCAGUGUGUGUGAGGUGCGAAGUGUGUAAGUAGUGCAGUGUGUGUACAUGUGAGGGGUGCAGUGUGUGUACGUGUGAGGGGUGCUCUGAGUGUGUGAAGGGUUCAGUGUGUGUAUGUGAGGGGUGCUCUGUGUGUAUGUGAAGGAUGCUGGGUGUCUAUGUGAGGGGUGUUGUGUGUGUGUGUGUAUGUGGGCGGUGCUGUGUGUGUAUGUGAGGGGUGCUCUGUGUGUAUAUGAGAGGUGCAAUGUGUGUAUGUGAAGGAUGCUGUGUGUCUAUGUGAGAGGUACUGUGUGUGUGUGGGGGAGGGGGGUUACAUAGGGAUAAGGGAUUUUUUUUUUUUUUUUUUUUAAAUACAUUUUUAAAAAGCUUCAUGACGUGAGGACGUCCAGCGUCAGUUAGGCGACCAAAGUCGUCUUGCAAGCAGCAAGUGCAUGCCAAUCUGGUGGCUAUCUGAUUGGCAGCCACUAGAGGCAGUCUUAACCCUGCAAUGUAAUUUUAAUGUAAUUCAACUAACAUUGAAGUGUUAAGGGGAUAGGGACAGUGCAUCCAGACCACUUCAAUGAGAUGAAGCAUGCUAUAGUGGUUAUAGUGCCAGAAGUGUCCCUAAUAUAAACAGUCAGACCAUUUGAUAACAGUUUGAAAACUUAUUUGAAAACUUAUAUGGCUUUCACUGGAAACCAGUCACCACCACCUUGCAAGCUAGAAGGUCUCUGCUUCUAGCUAAGUCAGGCAGUCCUCAAGACAACAAACGGAAGCAGCAUGUAGGAGCUUCAGGUUCUCAACAGAGGAAGUGGCCAACACCCAGCAGACCCCAGGUAAGCUGUGAAACCGUUAGCACUAUACCUGUGAAUGCUAUGGUAGUUAUGGUUCUUGUAAUGUCACUGUAACUGUGAAUGCUAUGGUAGUUAUGGUUCUUGGAAUGUCACUGUACCUGUGAAUGCUAUGGUAGUCAUGGUUCUUUGAAUGUCACUGUACCUGUGAAUGCUAUGGUAGUUAUGGUUCUUGGAAUGUCACUGUACCUGUGAAUGCUAUGGUAGUUAUGGUUCUUGGAAUGUCACUGUACCUGUGAAUGCUAUGGUAGUUAUGGUUCUUGGAAUGUCACUGUACCUGUGAAUGCUAUGGUAGUUAUGGUUCUUGGAAUGUCACUGUACCUGUGCAUGCUAUGGUAGUUAUGGUUCUUGGAAUGUCACUGUACCUGUGAAUGCUAUGGUAGUUAUGGUUCUUGGAAUGUCACUGUACCUGUGAAUGCUAUGGUAGUCAUGGUUCUUGCAAUGUCACUGUACCUGUGAAUGCUAUGGUAGUUAUGGUUCUUGGAAUGUCACUGUACCUGUGCAUGCUAUGGUAGUUAGGGAUAAUAAACUCCAAAUACGGUGCAUUAAAGUUUUAUUGUGCCCACUCGGAGCCGCAGCCCGGGUCAAACCACCAUAAAAUGCAGCUGUUUAAUAGCUUUGGGCUAUUAUGUGAAAGUGUGCAUGAUUCUAACAAACAGAGACAGCUGUAGUGUGCGUGAAUGUAAUGUCCUAUUAACAGAAUGUGAUGAGUAUUGUGUAUGAGUGAAUGCGUAAUGCUCAUAAAGUGAGAGCUGGUACAUUCACAGCUCUGUGAUUCUCAUAAACUGAGAGUGCUGAUAUAUUUACAGCUGUGUGAUUGCCAUAAACUGAGUGCUGAUAUAUUUACAGCUGUGUGAUUGCCAUAAACUGAGAGUGCUGAUGUAUUUACAACAGCGUGAUUGCCAUAAAGUGAGAGUGCUGGUAUAUUUACAGCUGCGUGAUUGCAUAAAGUAAGACAGCUGAUAUAUUUACAGUUCUGUGAGUACCAUAAAGUGAGAGAGCUGAUAUAUUUGUGCCUGUAUGAUUCUUAUAAAGCAGUGGUUCACAGAGGUGUACCUAGGUUACUUGGCACCUAUGGGAGAAAUUUAUGUUGGCCCUCCCCCUGUUCUUAAGGAAAUUGCACAGACAUAUUCACAUUCAUAUGCAAACGCACAUAUUUAACGGACACUCCUGCACCAUAACAACGUUAUCUUAAUUAGGUUGUUUUGGUACUGGCACGUCACAGGUGCUAUCUUUCCUUGAAGGGAUUAACACUUUAGUCACUUAUCCAAUUCCAGCAUCAUGUCUCUUGGCGCUGGGUCGGCACUCUGCCUCCUCUGAUGAGUGCGAGGAGCGUUUUAGGCUCUCCUCAUUGGAAAGCAUUGCCUCAGUGCUUUCCUAUGGGGAUUUCACUGAUGCUGGAUGUCCUCAUGCAGAGCGUGAGGACAUCCACUGUGAUUUAGGGGUCCUUGAGUCUUAUGGCAUCCAGGAAGUGCCUCUAGAGGAUGUCUGAUUGACAGCCACUAGAGGCAGUCUUAGUCCUUAGUCCAGCCGCCUGUUUGCAGAGCAGGCACCUGCCACAUGUGUUAAUAGUAAGGUGUCUGCUUUCUGCACCAGCCUGUCACCUGCUCCCCCACAGUUGGCAUGCCUCUGUUAUUUCACCGAGUCCUUAGGGUUGGACUAGGCACAUCAUAACAAUUACCCCCCCUAUAACAAGGGCAGCACAACAAACAACCUCCAUCAAACUGCAAGUUCCGUGAUGGUUUAAAAAAACAUUUGGGGAUCUACCUUUAGGGCACCUCGGCAAAAUAAAAUGUUUACUAUAGUCACAUCACCUUGCCUUACCUACUGCAACCAGCAUAAUUAAAGUUUUGCUAAAUAUAUUGUAAUGUUAUAUUAUACUUAAAGAAUGGACUCCAAGUUAAUUAGUCAUCUGGAUGUAUGUAAUCUGGGUAUCUGACAAAAAAGGCAAGAACCACUGUCUUCAAAUGAGAGCGCAAUUAUCUUUUACUCCGAUGAGACUCUCAUAAAGCAAGGUAGCUGUCGUGAGAAUGGCAGUGUUUUUUUAAUAUGUGAGAACUGGAACACUAAGUAUGUGAAUGUAUAUGCUAUACUUGCACACGCUUCGGCAACCUGAGUGUCUGUGUUUUGUGUGAGUGCGUGAGUGUUUCUCGAAAGAGAUGGACUUCUUGUGCGUGUUAGUGCCUGUGUGGUGCUCUCUGUGUGAGAGAGUUGUAACUAACAUUUCUUUGUAUUCUCAAAAGGAAGUGAAGCAGCAUUUGAAAGGACCUGUUGUAUGUAAUUGUUUGAUUUUGACAGCAGAGGGAACCGUAGAUUCCAAAUAUCCAAUGACAAAAUUGCAAAAUGUACGGUAAAAUAACCAAGCUGUGACUAUAGCUGAGUUACAGAUUUUUUUUUUAUCCAAAUUAGCACUGUUGCUAAAUUUGGCAAUUUUUUGUAUAUUGAAAUUUACUACAUUUCAUUGUGAAGCGAAUACACUCCCAGACUUGAUAUACAUUGGCUCAACAUGUCAUGGAAGUGGUCACAGAUAGCUUUGGAAUUACUCAGAAAUUAGAUUUUGUCCAGAGAAUGCUACCCUCACAUUUACAUUGUGUAAGGCUAUAACCCUGCCUGGAUUUAUAGGGGUAUGGUGAAUUGAUAUUUGAAUAAUAAAUUGUUUUCUUUUGUAACACCUUUUUCUUGAUCAUCGUACCUGCAACAAAAACAGUGAGCAGCAAUAUCUGAAUAUGUCUAAAAAUAUUUCAAUUCACAGAUUGCUAAACAUCCGAAACCUGUGUUUUGCAUGGAAUGUAGGCCGUCUGGGGCAUAUUUGUAGUAGAGAAAUGAAUUGUUCCAAAUAGUGUUUGCACCUUUGUGUUUAGAAUUUGACCCCAAAUCUAUGUCCACGUGCAUACACACUACAUCGUUUCUACCAUAGAGUCCAAAAUGUGUCAACCAUAAAAUUGCACUUCAAAAAUAGCAGUGGCAUACAGAGGGAAGACCUGGUCUUGUGUAUAGAAAAAAAAAUAAUUUUUAGUUUUUAUUUUUCCAGGACCGUCUCAUUGUCCUUGACAUAGGAACAGAGUUUGUGUCUAUUGCCAGACGAUUCUAUCCAGCAGAGACCAUGGAGAGCAGUGAAAAGGAUAUUGAGGUUCCAGCGACUGCUGUCCUGGUGAGUCCAGCUUACGAGGCGUUGGAAGAUGGAGUAGAGAAAGAUGAAGAAGAAGGUGUCUUGGACGAAGACAACUUCCUGGUGAACUUACUUGAAUAG